UGGAGUGAAAGCUGGUGAAGAAGGAGGAAAAAGAAAAAGAGAGCCGGAGAAGUGGACAAAUGAAAGGGGAAAAAAAGAAAUUUUCUGGGGAUUUCUGAGAAACUCGAAGCAAACUUCCCGGACAUUGCUGGACAAAAGUGGAACAGGAUCCAACUCUGAAUGCUGGGAGGAUAUUGAGUGGGUUGGUUUUUUUUUUUUUGUGGGUUGCUUUGGCACUGCCCCUUGGCGGAGGCAGCGGAUUGGGGCGACUACAAAAGCAGGAAGAGAGUCGGGACGUUCCUGUGAGUCACUUGAGGUGUGGGAAAAAGGCAGUUGCCGCGCUCUUUUUAGCAAAGAUGCCCAUCCUCAAGCAGUCUCCAGUUUCUCAUUCCAAGAAGAGGCCCCGUCUGGAUCGAGCCAUGAUUAGCGCCCCUUUGGGGGAUUUUCGACAUACGAUGCACAUUGGCCGUGGGGGCGAUGCUUUUGGAGACACAUCAUUCCUCAGCAACCACGGGGGUGCCAAAACCAAUGGGUUGCCUCACGAUGUAGCAGUGUCUCCUGGGUCUCUUGGUUCUCCUGGAGAUGUUUCUGGUUGCUUUGAAUUGCUCUCUCCUCCUGGGAGCGGGAACGGAGUAGUCCAGAGUCCAACAACAUCAACCCCUGAUGGCAGCUUCAUGGUACUGCAGAGCCCAGAGAAGGCUGACUGGAAUCCCCCUAAUGGAAAAGGUUGGGACCUGCAAGAGAAGUUCUCCCUGGAUAGCCCCACUCUGGACCACGCUGAAUCCCUUCUCUCUUUCCAGCUGGACUUGGGCCCUUCCAUCUUGGAGGAUGUGCUGGGAGUGAUGGAUAAAGAUUGGGACAAUAUUCAAGGGCAGGAUCAGGAAGUAUUGAGAGAUGAGAGCUUAAGCCCAUUGGGAUGCUCCCAGCAGGAAGAUGAAAAAGAACAGGAGGAAGAAGAAGAGGAGGAGGAGGAAGAGGAGGAGGAAGAGGAGGGACAGGGCUACAGUUUUGAAGAUGAACAAGAUGAAGAGAUUGGGUUAUAGGAGGAGGAACAUCUUGGUUUUUCUCUUUCUUUUCCCCACCCUUAAAUUUCUGCCAGCCUGCUCUUGCAGAGUCUUUCAGCCUCUACUACUGCAGUAGUCAGCAACUGGCAGCCUUUUGGCCAUAUGAGGCCAGCAAAUGACUAUUUGUAAUCCACCAUUUUAUCCCUGCUUCUUCCCAUAGAGAAGCCUUUUUUUUUACCUUCAGAUUUCUUAUUGUGGUGUUCAAACAGGAAAACGCCAAUCAGAAUCCUAUGGCACAUUCCAUGAUGCUACUUCUGAAAAAUAAGUUCCAGAAGGUGCUUAAUAAUCCUUGUUCUUUCCCCCAUCUUCUUGUAUUCCUUCCAAGUCCUGGGACAGUGCAGCUUCUUUGUACUGGAAAAAUACGUCUUGGCUUCAGCCCAUCUCUCUAUCUGGAAUCUAAGUGACAUACCACUGAGCCUGUUACGAAACUCUCUGUCCAUCAUCUGCUCUUAUGUUUAUCAUUUUUUUUACUUAACCAUCUUGAAUUCCAGCUCUCUAACCCCCACUGUUGGUUUCCCUCUAUGAACUUGGAAUGUGCUUUGAGGAAAGGUCACCUAAGAGAACAGACUGAGAGAAUGUGAGGACAGAGUCUUAACCAAGAGUCACAUGGUUGAAAAUACAGACUAAGAAUGAAUGAUACCAUUUUGGAAACUCUCUAAUGAUCUCCAACUAUGUGGCCAGUCUCUUGUACCAACAAGUGUGCUGUUGGGACAUUCAAAGGUAUGAAGCCUUCUUCUGUCCACCAGUCCCUUUUCAACGGAUGAUCACAACCUAGCUCAAUAGCUUCCAUUUCAGAAUUCAUUCACUUUUUUUUCCUCUUAAACCUGUGGAUCUGUAUAUCCAAGCAGUAUUGUGUAUCCAAGCAAUUGUGAGAUGUCUUCUUAAGAGAUGAUCUUGUGUUAAGAAAAGAACAGGAUUAGAGGGAAGACAGAAGAACUUUGACACGUUUUCUUGAAGUCAAUGAAAAGGAUAAAGAUCCUUUCAUGGCAUGAAGAAUGAAGAAAAGAUAUUUGGUUCAUAACUAGAAGAGACAGAUGAGUGGCCUGCAAUUAGCCAUGUACCCUAGCUGCCUCUGACAAGGGACAGAAUUUUCUGCCAGCGGCCCACCUCAAUGUUUUUUGCACCCUGUAUAAAAGAAGCAUCUGUUUUUGUCAGCAAAGUCAUGUACAAAAAAGGACAAAGUUUUCAACAGAUAUGAUAGCUGAAACAAUUCUGUGUUAUUUUUCGCUCUCUUUUGGCUAGUCACUUUUUAAACAGAUUUAUUUAUGAAGGACAAAACUUGGAGUGCUCGUGUGGAAAAAAUAUGCAUCAUUUUUUUUCUUCAUUAAAGCUGUGAUGGGGUUGAGUGGUAAGGCAAGGUUGCAUCCAUAGAUAGCAUCUCUAUCCAAUUUGAACUGGAUAACCUUUUAAAUCAGGUGCUUUUAAAUUAAUAAAAUUCAAUGGGCUGGAAGCGGCAAUAACUGGAGAGGGAUUUAUACUGGCCAACGUAUUUUUGAACAACACUUUUCUAAUCCCAGAUCCUUCAAAUUAAUAGCUUGUCUUUUUGCCCAUCAGAUAUUUUUUUUACAUUCUUUUUAAAGUGAUAUUCUGUUACAGCUAUCUUGGCUUCCCUAAACUGGCCUGCGGGGAACAUUGUCAACUCAUUUUUGGAAGUUAAUGGUAAACAGUUGGGAAACAAAUCUGCCUGUUCUCUGUACAUAUGCAGAGGUGGUGGUACAGCUGUAGAUUUGUUUGUGCUAAAUGCAAGAAUACGUAUAUAGAAAUAAUGCCUUUCCCUUACUGUACCCCUUGGUCCUGCCCCAUUAAACUUUAUCCAUCCUCCUGUUCCUAGUCUAGAUCUAUUGGCUCCUUAGGGCAAUGUUUCUUAAUCUUGGCAACUUUAAGAGGUAUGGACUUCAACCCCCACAAUUCCCCAGCCAACAUCUUAAAAUAGCCAAGGUUGGGAAAUGAUGUCUUAGGGAUUGCUUAUAGACAGAUCUAGUCUAUAUGUUUUUUUGAUUCCACUGUGUUUCUGCUUUUGUGUUCUUACUCCUGAUUCAUUUAUUGCAAUGGAAAAGGUAUAUAGAACUACAAUGUAUAUGGCCUUACCUGAAGUAUUUAUCUGCUACAAAAAAAAGAAUAAGUUGUUUUUACUGCCAGAGUGAGUGUUACCACCUCCCUCCUCUCUGCCUAAAUGGGACAAGGUUUAAAUAUGUCAGAAUUAAAGUAGAUAAAGAUGCUCAGUACAUUACUACAAUUGACAUUGCUACAAGAUAAGAUAUUGAUCUUAACCUUAGCAUCUUUAAGAUGAGUGGACUUCAGCUCCCAGAAUUCCCCAGCCAACAUGGGAAUUGAAAUCCACUUCUGGGAUUUGACUUCCACCUAUUUCAAAGCUGCUAAUGUUGAGAAACACUAAGCUAACCGGUGGCUCCGAGAAGCUCUGGAUGUAGCCAAUGAACUUCUCCAGAAGUUGCUACUGAGUUGUAGUUUUUAAUAUAAGGAAGGAGGAAGAAAUAAUUAAUUUCACAGAGAGUAAUCAUGCAGACUCUGUUUUGUUUAAACUCAAUGUCUUUGUCUGGCUUUGAGAGCACAUGCCAAUUAAACAGCCAGAUGCAUCCUUCUGAUCAUAAAGAGAUAAAUAUCUUUGCAGUAGAUCUCAGUUACUUACCGUUUAGUCGUCUAUGGAGAGUCUCAGUCAACCAGGUCAUUGUUGUCCCAAAAGUGCUUUUUCAAGAGGCA